AUGACUAGUAAUCCAAACUUUAAGCAACAUACUACCCGGUCAAGCUCUCAAGCGUUUGUUCCAGGGCAGGGGCCCAUCGGUCCGGUAUCCACGGCGAGAAUGGAGGAAUUCAAUAUCAGCGACCUGACGGUUCUGGCCAAGGCCGUCUUGCAUUUCAAGCCAGUAGGAAACGCUUCAGAAUGGGCCCAGGUCGCCGCAAAGUACAACCAAUACGCCAAUCAGCACAACCGCCAACCUAGAUCCCUGGAUAUCUUGUUAAACCAAUUCAGAAAGAUUAUAAACGAUCCUAAACCUUCUUCUGACCCGGGUUGUCCUCGAUACAUUCUCAGCGCUAGAAGCGCCCAGCAGGCCAUCAACGAGCGGAUGUCUUCAGAGGACUUUUAUAAAGCUUCGGCCAGCAUGGUCUGCGGAACUGAGGAGAGGGACGGUGAUGCCAUGGAGGCCUCAAUGGAAGGUAAUAGCAUCCGUCGUAAAGAAGUAGGUGUGGGGAAUGCUCCGGCGGUGGAAACCCAAUCGGCUCUCGGUUCUGGGUUAACUCAUUCCAACUUACCGAAGGCCCAGAUACGCGCCGUUCCGGAUAACUUGAUGAAUGUCAAGACUGCCUCGGAGCGGGCAGACUUGGGAAGGUCUUCGUGGCACCUUGAGACCAAUGAUUUACGUCUUUUCGAUGCUGGCGCUAUGGCGAAUGGAAAUUACAUAUUCUUUGAUCCUUCAGCAAGAGAUUCACCUGUGGAUAUUAUUAUUAACCAGGGACCAAGUGCUCCUGUGAACCAAGAUCCGCCAAAGCCCUCGGGCCCAUCGAGUUCACUAGCCCAAGCUCCAGAGGCCCACAACCAUUCUCAACGCUUAUCCACUGAGAUGCGAAAGGAAAAGGGUGUCGAGAGAAGCCAACGCAUUGUGCAGCGUAAUCCCCAGCUCGAUCAACAAGCACUUGAAACGCUCAUUCUCAAUUCUCCAAGACCUCAGGGGCCGGCGGUGGAUGAAUCGAUGAACGGAGAGACGAGCAGAGAAAAUCCGGCUGAUCAUUCAAGCACCAGCCUUGACCCGUACGAACUCCUGGCCGAAGCCAAAUCGACGAUCAACUCCUUGAACACAAAGCUAACUCGCUCAAAAGAAGUUCAAGAUCAACUACGUCAAGUGAGCUCUCGGCUUCAGAAGCAAGUCUGUCAAAUGGAUGAAGAAAAGAAGCGCAUGAUGACCAGAUUUGCCCAGCUCACUGCGGCAGAGAAUAAUCAAUUCAAGGCCAAUCUCUCAAAAUUCCAACAGGAGAUUCGUCAGCAGAUCUUGGAGCUCAAAAUUAAAUCCGACAAGAACAGUCUCGAGCUCCUCGAGUUCCGCUUAAGUCUCAGUCAGACUACCGAUACUCCUGCCCAUGGUCCGACUUCUAAUGGCACUCAGUAG